AUGGUUUCCGCCGAAGAUUUGGCAGCACUGCCGACACCUGAUAUGAUCACUCUACUAUUCAAGUGCCACAAAUCCACCACCGUUCUGUCGGUUCUUCCCACCACUCCCUUCAACGAAAUCAAAGCACUCCUCAUCGCCGCGCUCCAGUCACGAAAUAUCACUACUCUCCCCAACUCCGCAAUUCCACUACCAGAAGAUCCCGAAGCUCUGGAAUUUGGUGUACUUGCCGAUAAGAGAGAUCCAUCGAAAGGCUGGGUACCGAUAGACAUCAAGGAGCAGGAAGUUACGGGGCCUAGGGGUGGCAAGAAGAAGAUCGGGGGUUCUAAGAGUGUGCUCAAUGAAAGCCCCUUGGGUGCUGGAUUGACCGACGGCUCAUGGGUGGCAUACCGGAUCAAACCAGCGACGAAAGCAGGCGCCGACCAGGAAAUGAGCUUGGAAGACGGUACACCUGACGUCGAACUUGACGAAGAUCCCGGCUGGGAAGUGAUACUGCCUUCUUUCGAGGAUGAGGGUGAAUGA